CACACACCACUCAUCCUUUUCACACAUUCCAAUUUUACCCCUCAACUCCAUCUUCCCAAAUCAACCACUUUCCAAUUCUCAUCUUCACUUUCCAUUUCUCAAACUCAAAAACCUCAUCACUUCUCGCAAUUCCAACACCAACCCACCUCUAAAGAUCCCAAUGGGUUGUUAUCUAAGCACCCAAUCUUCAGUCAACGCUCCAUCACUCUCUGAGUCAACGCACUCAUCUCUCCCUGAUCUGUCUUCCUAUGAGGCCGCCUGUAGAGUUGACCCGGAGCUCCGGUCAUUUGACUCAUCCGUGCACCGCCGCACCACAGGAUUACUCACCAGUCUCGCCGCCGGCGUUGAGGUCCGGUCAGUCUCACUCGACUCGUUAAAAGAUGUUACGGAAAGUUUGCUUGAAAUGGACCAAGAUGUUGUUAAAGUAAUUUUAGAAUGUAAAAAAGAUAUAUGGAAAAAUGAAGAAUUGUUUAAUUUAGUUGAUGAGUAUUUUAAAAAUAGUGUUGAAACUUUGAAUUUUUGUAAUGCGGUUAGUGGGUGUUUGAAGCGUGCUAGGGAUAGUCAGUUUAAUUUGAAUGUCGCGUUGCGUAAGUUUGAGGAGGAGAAGAGGAAUGGGGGGAGGAAUUUUGAAGGUACAUUGCGUGAAUUCGAGAAGUUGAAGGGGAAUGGGGAGAAUUUUGGGGGUGAAUUUGUUGUGUUGUUUCAGUCGAUUUAUAAGAAACAGAUGGUGAUGUUGAGUAAGUUGCAAACAGAGAAGUUGAGACUUGAUAGGAAGUUGAAGUCGAUGAAGAAGUGGAGGAAGUUGUCGAAUGUGUUGUUUGUGGUGACUUUUACAACGAUUUUGAUUUGUUCUGUGGUGGCGGCUGCGGUUGCUGCUCCCCCCGUUUUGACAGCGUUGGCAGCUGCGGCUGCAGUGCCAUUUGGGUCGAUGGGGAAAUGGGUGAAUUCGGUAUGGAAGAAGUAUGAGAGCGAAGUGAAAGAAAAGCAGGAGUUUAUUGGUGCAAUGGAGUUUGGGACUUUUAUUGUGAUCAAGGAUUUGGAUAAUAUUCGAGUGCUAGUCGAUAAAUUGGAGACUAAAAUGGAGUCAUUGUUGUAUAAUGCUGAUUUUGCUCUCAAGGAUAGCGAGGCUGUGGAAUUGGCUAUAGAUGAAAUCAAGAAAGAGGUGGGUGGGUUUACGCAAACAAUUGAGGAUCUGAGCCACUACGCUGAUAAGUGUAGCCGAGAUGUUGGGAGGGCGAGGACCAUGAUUUUGCACAAGAUGAUUAAAUACCCAAGUGCCUAAAUGUAUCACUUUGGCAAAUGCCAUGGAGCUGCGGAAUCUUGAACUAAUGAUAUACAGAAGGGCUGAGGAACAAAACAGUGGUUGAGAUGCAUCGAAAUCAAAUAUGCUGUGCAUAUGUAUGCUAAGAUUCAGUUCGUAAAGUUUCAGAUUGAUGCCGUAAAUGCACUCCAGAGGUCAUUAGUAAGGUAAGAAAAUGAAAUGCAGACAUGAAUCUGAAAUUUAGAUAUCUGACAAAUGACAAGGUGACACUGAUGACAGUCAGAGUGCCAGUCUAUUGAGAGAGCAUAUGAUGAAGAAUGUGGACUAUGAGCCCAGUGACUUGUGCUUGUUUAUAAUGCUUGGGGUAGCUCCAGCCUCCAACCAAACACUGAUUCACCAUGUGACUCCCUCUCUUGUUUUCAUUUCUUUACAAUAUUUUUACAUUGUUCG